GCAUUCUGGGUAAUGAGCUGUUUACUUCCUGCGGGUGUGGAGGUGGUGGCUGUGUUCCUCGCUGUUCUUCGUAUCCAAGAAGAUGGCCCUGGAGACGGUGCCGAAGGACUUGCGGCAUCUGCGGGCGUGUUUGCUGUGUUCUCUGGUCAAGACUAUAGACCAGUUUGAAUAUGACGGUUGUGAUAAUUGUGAUGCGUACUUACAAAUGAAGGGUAACCGAGAGAUGGUGUAUGACUGCACCAGCUCUUCCUUUGAUGGAAUCAUUGCCAUGAUGAGUCCAGAGGACAGCUGGGUCUCCAAGUGGCAGCGAGUGAGCAACUUUAAGCCGGGUGUAUACGCAGUAUCAGUCACUGGCCGCCUGCCCCAAGGAAUUGUGCGGGAGCUGAAAAGUCGAGGAGUGGCCUACAAAUCCAGAGACACAGCUAUAAAGACCUAACAAGAUGCAGGGCUGCCAGCGUCUUUGCUCUCCACCUCCUGCCUCUACUUACUAUUUGGUUGUUGGACUGGACUCCCUGCCCUCCAUCUUGGAGAAUCAGCUGACUGUUGAGAGAGCAGCUUCCUGUUCCUGGGCCAUUUCCCUUCUUUGGACUACUUACUGGCAGAGGUGGGAGGGUUUGGGCUGGUGGAUUCACAGAGACUGCAUUGAGGAGAGAGUAGGGUGUUGGUUUUCCUACUCACAUCCAUGGACGUGACCCUGGGUGAAAUACCAAUAAACGUGAAGCCCUGAAAAAUUCUUAAA